UCUCAUUAUAAUAUUCGAUUUUAAAGCUGCCUAACCAACAAAGCUAUCAAUAUCACCUUAAAGAACUAAUUAUACUUCCGACACACCAAAAAGUGGAAGGAAAACCCAUAAACAAUUCAACCCAGAUUCCUCAACACUGCCAAAUGAAUCAUGCGUGUGUGUCUGCAGUGAAUAAAACCACCCAACAAUUAACACUUUUCUCAUCAUCAAAUUAUAACCAAGGCAAGUAUAUCUUCAUUUUCAGGCAAGUGUUCGGUGCUUUGUCCCUUCCAUCCUCAAUCUCUCUCAGUCAUGCCCAUUUUUUUCCUUAUACUCCGUCUCAUCUUCUCGUCCUGUCUAAUCCCGUUAAGCUCCGGCCAUCCUCACUCAUGCCGAUCAUACUGUGGAAACAUAACCAUAGACUACCCAUUUUCACUCCAAUACGGUUGCGGCCACCCCGGCUUUCGCGACCUUCUCUUCUGCAUCAAUGACGUUCUCAUGUUUCACGUAAGCUCCGGAUCUUACAGGGUCCUGGACAUAGACUACGCUUAUCAGGCACUCACUCUCCACGAGCCACACAUGUCAACGUGCGACAAGAUUGUGCUUGGUGGCCGCGGCAAUGGGUUCGCAGUGGAGCCGUGGCGGCAGCCCUACAUGAAUCCGACGGCUGACAACGUGUUCAUGCUCAUAGGAUGCGCGGCCGAGUCACCUUUGUUCCAAGGUUUUCCAGGAAAGAACCUGCCUUGUCGAAACGUUUCGGGGAUGAGCUGCGAAGGGUUUUAUGGGUGUCCGGCUUGGGACAUGUUGGGCCACAAGCGGGUUGGGCCACAAGCGUCGUUCUUUGCGUCAGGCCCACCGGAAUGUUGUGCAGUCCCGUUUGACAUUAUAAAGGCUAUCAACCUUAGCAGGCUUGGGUGUGAAGGGUACAGCAGUGCCUAUAAUCUGGCACCGUUGAGGGUCGAUGGGCCUAAAGGAUGGUCUUACGGGAUACGUUUGAAGUAUUCGGUGCAAGGGAAUGAUGGGUUUUGUGCAGCGUGCGAGGCCACUGGUGGCACGUGCGGGUUUGGUUCGGACGGAAUCAGACAGAUUUGUAUGUGUGGGAGCACCAAUUCAACGUCCAACUGUGAUUCAGUCAGCUUGUCGUCGUCGGACACAGCAACAGCAAGGUCUAUGAUGAUGAAAAUGUUUGCAGGAUCAUGGACGUAUAUGCUGCUAUUGAUGACAACUAUCUGGAUCUGGAUUUGAAUAAUUGCUUUUUUUUUUUUUUUACCACCGAUUUCAAUGUUGACCACUACUACCUGAGAAAAUCAACAAAGAGUGGAAUCGAAACUCAUUUUGUAAAUAAAUUUUUGGCUGAAGCACAGGAACGGAUAAUAGGAGUUUGGGAGGAUGGGGGUGAAUGAGAGUGAAUUAUAUUACUUUGUUUUGUAUUAUGUGUCUUCAUUCUAUCUAUUGCUUUUCAUAAA